AUGAUUUGCAAUGAGAAAACACAAGAAUGGUGGGCAAUAACAUUUUAUGGGUCGUCAACCACUAAAGGAGGAGGUGCAGGAAUAGUAUUAACUGAUCCUAUGGGUAAGAAUCAUAUUCAAGCUUAUAAGUUAUCGUUUGACUGUACUAACAAUGAAGCUGAGUAUGAGGCACUUAUUCUGGGAAUCACGGUCGCGCUAAAAAUGGAAGCCAGCAAAGUUGUGAUUAGAGGAGACUCGAGACUUGUUAUCCGGCAAGUCAAAGGGGAUUUUCUUUGUGAAAGAGCCAUCAUUGGCAAUAUAUCGAACAAUGGUCCAAAAGCUAGCAAAGAAUUUUGA